AUGGAGCAACCUGCACUGAAGCGGAUUCAUAAACCUCUUUCGUUUAUAAAGCACUACCAGGAUAUUUUGGCCUUGGCAUUUGCUGUAAAAGAGCUCAAUGAAAACAACCAAAUCUUACCAAAUAUCACUUUGGGUUUUCGCAUACUCCUCAAUGGUUACAGCUUUGGAAGCAUGACCUAUAAGGCCACCCUGGAUCUCUUUCCCAAUCACUACAGAUUUAUACCCAAUUUUAAAUAUGAAACCCAGAAAAAUCUUAUAUCUGUCAUUGGAGCCCGAGUCACUGAAAUGUCUGCCAAUAUGGCUACCAUCUUAGCCAGCUAUAAGAUGCCACAGGUAGGCCAGGGGAAUGGGCUGGUUGAGGUUUUAGAACUGAUUCAUACAGUUUCACAGUACCUUUCAACUUGCUUGAAAAAUCCCUAUAUAUUUUUUCAGUUCACAUAUGGAUCCGCUUCUCCUGCGCAAAAGGACAAAACGCUGUUUCCUUAUAUUUACAAGAUGGUCCCAGAUGAUAUAUUUCAGUACAUGGGGGUCGUCCGCUUACUUCAUCACUUUAAUUGGACAUGGAUAGGCCUCUUUGCUGUGGAUGAUGAGAAUGGAGAUAGGUUUUUGCAGAUACUGAUGCCCUUACUUUACCAGAACAGAAUCUGUUGUGACUUCACACUAAGAACCCCAAAACGGACUUAUACGGGUGAUUUGAUAAACAGGAUUUCAGAACUCCUUGACAAAUACACAGUUCUUGUGAAAAGCAAAGCCAAUGUAUAUGUAGCAUAUGGGACACCGACAUCCAUGCAUGCCUUGAGAAUGCUGGUGUUCGAAGCGGAAGGAGCUUUAUCACUUUUUCCAGGUAAAGUGUGGAUCACUACAUCUCAAUGGACCUUUGAAUCAUGGACCCUUCAAAGGAUUUGGGAUACACAAGUCUUUCAUGGGGCCAUUUCCUUCACAAUUCACUCCAAUAACCCACCAAGAUUCACUAAAUUCCUCCAAACAAUAAACCCUUCCUGGGCUAAAGGUGAUGAUUUUAUCCGGAGCUUCUGGGAGGAGGCAUUUGGCUGUACAUUGAAACAUGCUGAUGAACAUGAGCACGAACCCUGCACUGGGAAAGAGAGUCUGGAAAGUCUUCCUGGGAUUCUGUUUGAAAUGAGCAUGUCCGGCCAGAGCUAUAACAUCUACAAUGCGGUUCAUGCUGUGGCACGUGCUUUGCAUGCCAUGUACAUCUUGAGAGCCAACCCCAGAAAACUGAUAGAAGGAUGGAGGAUGGAAUUCUGGAAUGUGCAGCCAUGGCAGGUCCACCACUUUCUAAGGAGCAUCCAGUUCAAUAACAGUGUUGGAGAAAUGGUGCGGUUUAAUGAAAAUAAAGAAUUGGUUACUGUUUUUGAUGUAACCAACUGGGUGCAGCCCAUUUCCGUGUGCAAUGACAGCUGCCAUCCAGGACACAGCAAGAUAAAGAUCGAGGGGGAGAAAUUUUGCUGCUAUGAUUGUGCCCUGUGCCCAGCAGGGAUGAUUGCUGAGCAGAAAGACAUGGAUGCCUGUGUCAAAUGUCCAGAUGGCAAUUAUCCCAACAACAAGCAAAAUGAAUGCAUUCCCAGCAUUAUAAGCUAUCUCUCCUACAAAGAACCCCUGGGCAUUGUCCUAGCUACGUUGGCUAUUUCUUUUUCUCUGCUGACAGCUUUGGUGCUUGCAACUUUUAUAAAAUACCAGGACACCCCCAUCGUCAAAGCCAACAACCUGAGCCUCACUUACAUUCUCCUUACCUCUCUCCUGCUUUGUUUCCUCUGUUCCUUAGCCUUUAUUGGGAAGCCUGGAAAGGUGCCCUGUCUUCUCCGACAAACAGCUUUUGGCAUCUUCUUCUCUGUGGCUCUUUCCUCUGUACUGGCCAAAACCAUCAUUGUGGUCGUGGCCUUCAUGGCUACCAAGCCAGAGUCUCGGAUGAGGAAAUGGGUGGGGAAAAGAAUGGCCAGUUUCAUUGUUCUUGUUUGUUCCUUUCUUCAGUCAAGUAUUUGUGGUCUUUGGCUAAGUACCUCCCCUCCAUUCCCUGAUAAAGACAUGCACUCAGUCUAUGGGCAAAUCAUACUGGGAUGUAAUGAGGGCUCGGCUACCAUGUUUUAUAUGGUCCUGGGCUAUAUGGGAUUCCUGUCCAUUGUCACCUUCACAGUAGCUUUCCCAGCCAGGAAGUUGCCUGACAGCUUCAAUGAAGCCAAGUUUAUCUCCUUCAGCAUGCUGGUUUUUUGCAGCGUUUGGCUGUCCUUCGUUCCAACUUACUUGAGCACUAGAGGGAAAGACAUGGUGGCAGUGGAGAUCUUCUCCAUCUUGGCCUCUGGGGCUGGUUUACUGGGGUGUAUAUUUUCUCCAAAAUGCUAUGUUAUUAUGCUGAGGCCUGAACUGAACAAUAAGAAGCAGCUGCUGAGGACCAAUAAAUAA